GAUUCAGAGUGAGCUGUCCUGCCGGUCUUACCUGUGCACCUGGAGGCAGCCUCUCCUGCCGGUUCCACCUGCCCCACCUCGCCUGGACAGAACCAACAAUUUAAAGAAUCGUUAUUUAUUUUUCUCUUGAGCCGUUUUUAAAUGAUGAAAUUCAUCGUCAACAGAUUUUCCUUCACGACGCCAAGUCUCCAGAAUCCAAUUACUUUCCUCCUUGAAUGAAUCGCAACCUUUGUUCUGUAACUUCAGUCCCUCGCUGAGAUCUAAUCAAAGUCCUGAUUCCCAGGGUCACCGCAGUGAUUUGAGUGGUGCCCCCCCCCUCCUCCCCGUGGAACAACACAAAAGACCCUUUCAUGGUUCACAGGUCCGCAUGCUUCAGUUGGACAGUCCCGUCCCGUUCUUAAUGAAUCGGUGACGUCGAGGUUCUUCUCGUUUUUUCGUGCAGCUCCAGUUGUGUCCUUGAGUCACCUGAUCCCGGACACGAACAGAACCUGACAGGAGUUGACCUGGACUUGCUCGUCUCGCAGGUUUGUGUCGGGCCCCUGAGAGGAGCGCAGCGGGAUGAGCGGGGCCGCUCUGGGUAUCGAGAUCGUGGUGGUGUUUUUCCUGGCGCUGUUCCUGCUGCACCGGUAUGGAGACUUCAAGAAGCAGCAGCGCAUGGUGCUGUUCGGCACGCUGCUGGCCUGGUACCUGUGCUUCCUCAUCGUCUUCAUCUUACCUCUGGACGUCAGCACGACCAUCUACAACCAGUGUAAGGUAGACCACAAGGAGCACGCCGCUGUUCCCACCGUCACCCCGCUGCCGUCCAAUCACACAGCAGCAAACGCCUCAGUCGCGCCCACUAAAAGCAGCGCUCCGAAGCCCUGCUACAAGCCCUGGAGCUACAUCCCCGAUGGCAUCAUGCCGGUGUUCUGGAGGGUGGUGUACUGGACGUCCCAGUGUCUCACAUGGCUGCUGCUGCCCUUCAUGCAGUCGUACGCUCGCUCUGGAGGCUUCUCCAUCACUGGGAAAAUCAAGACGGCGCUGAUAGAGAAUGCUAUUUACUACGGGACCUACCUGCUCAUCUUCGGCUCUCUGCUCAUUUACGUGGCCGUUCAUCCUGAGUGGCACCUCUCCUGGUACGAGCUCCAGACCAUCGGGAUCACGGCGGCCAACACCUGGGGCCUGUUCCUGCUGGUGCUGCUGCUCGGGUACGGGUUGGUGGAAAUCCCCCGGUCCUACUGGAACGCUUCGCGACACGGACACCUGCUCAUCAAGACGUACUUCAAGGCGUCCAAGCUGAUGACGGAGAAGGCGGACGCGGAGGAGAACCUGGAGGACGUGAUGGAGGAGGUGAGGAAGGUCAGUGAAUCCAUCAAGUACAACCAUCCACUGAGGAAGUACAUCGAUACCAUUCUCAGAAAGUGCCCCGUGGACUACCAGGAGAAGAUGGGCAGGAACAUGGACGACUACGAGGACUUUGAUGACAAACAGAACACGUAUCCCAGCGAGAAGAGCCUGGUGAAGCUCCACAAGCAGGUGAUCUACGCGGUCCAGAGACACAACAGGACUCGGGUCCAGUGGCAGAUCCUCCUGCAGCAGGCCAUCCAUCUGGAGGACGUCGCCAAGAACGAGACCAGUUCGACCCACCAGUUCGUCCACAGCUUCCCGUCCUCCGAGCCGGCCGGCCGGUUCAGCAGAUACGUGUACACGCAGACUGUAGAGUGGUACUGGGAGUGUCUCCUGAAGCGCUGGUUCUACCGGCUGCUGUCGGUGAUCCUGACUCUGUUCAGCGUGGCCGUGGUCUGGUCCGAGUGCACCUUCUUCAGCACCCGGCCCGUCCUGUCCCUGUUCGCUGUGUUCAUCCAGCUGGCUGAGCGAGACUACAACUACCUGUACAUCGAGAUGGCGUGCUUCAUCACCAUCUUCUUCCUGUGUACCUGCGUUUACUCCACUGUGUUCCGCAUCCGGGUUUUCAACUACUACUACCUGGCCUCCCAUCACCAGACCGACGCCUACAGCCUCCAGUUCAGCGGCAUGCUGUUCUGCCGUUUAACGCCUCCUCUGUGUCUGAACUUCCUGGGUCUGAUCCACAUGGACUCUGCCAUCUCCCACCAGCAGAAGGAGCCGACGGCCUACACCUCGAUCAUGGGAUCGAUGCGUGUUCUCUCUUUCAUCGCUAACGGCUUCUACAUCUACUACCCCAUGCUGAUCGUGAUCCUCUGCAUCGCCACCUACUUCAGUCUGGGGACUCGCUGCCUGAACCUUCUGGGCUUCCAGCAGUUUGUGGGCGACAGUGAAAUGACCUCUGACCUGAUCGACGAGGGCAAGGAGCUGAUCCGACGGGAGAAAAGGAAGCGGCAGCGGGUUGAAGACGGAGAGAACAGACGCAGGGAGUGGAAGGAGCGCUACGGAAACCAGAGGGAUGACUACACCGCGAGGAACAGGAGCAGCCACGAAAUGAAGGAGACCAGUUACUCGGACACCGUGGCCCCCAGCAACAACAGACAGGCCAAGUAUUCCCGCUCUGGGAGUCGGCCGGAGAGGGACUGCAUCGAGCUGCUGCAGGACGCCGAGCCUUUAGACUUCAACGCCGACACUCUGACGGACGACCCUCUGGACGCGGAGUCCUCCAGACACGCGGGAGGACGGUAUCUGUCCAUGUCGUCGUCUCGGAGCCGAAUAUUCGACGACGUCUGACGGGGAGCCACGAACUGGAACAAACGCGAGCGUCACAGCCCUCACCUCCACCUGCAGGGCGUGAACCCACCACCCCACCUCCAUCUCACAGCUUCCAGGCUGCUUCCUCUCCUCCCAGGAUGCAUGGUCAUUUAAAAACAGGCCACGUGUACAGUGAAGUUCUGGUUUCAUGUCCAGCAGCUGUGAAGGAAUAUUAAUGUUACUACGGUUACGCAGACCCUGUGGUGUGAAGGUCUCUGUCAGAUAUUGAUCCUGAGUAUUGAAUCCAGACGCCCCUCCUCAACUUCCUGUCUGUCUGAGCAUGCUCAUGAAUGUGCGUCUGCAGCAGCUGCAUGUCGACACGUCUCAUCACUUUAAUGAAGGGGUUUAUUUAUAUUUUUUAUUCUGUAAGUGUUCAUGUUGUGGAUUUAUUUAUCUGUACGUCAUUAAUGUGAUCCGGUCCCUCAGCGUGUGCUGCCGCUCACUGAUCACCCUGAUUUAUACACCAUCAGUAACAGUUUCCUGCUGUUUCAUUCUUUGAUUUUAUCACGUCAAGCUGUAUAAAUCUGAAUCUCACGACGUUAAAGUUUUCAGUCCUGAUUAAAUGAUGUUGUCAAAAUAAAAAAAAGACUGAAUUUAAA